CUAAUAAUUACAUAGAAAUACCAGAUUAGUUGAGGAAUUAAAGAUGGCCGUUAAAUCUAAGUCAUUUAAGUCUCAAGAAUAUGUUGGACAGUCUGAUGUUGAGUCAGACCUUGACAGUGAUCAAGAAACUCAAUAUGAACCACCCAAGAAUUAUGUGAAAUCUUCAUCUAAAUCUACAAAAUUUACUAAACCAACAGAUAAUAAACAAGUUUGGUUAAUUAAAACUCCUAAAGGAUUUCCAUUAGAUCAAUUGAAGAGUUUACCUAUUUCCUUCACAUCCACAUCUGUUACUAAUGAUAAAUCAUCAUUUUCAGUUGAUAAAUUAUCAUACCAAAUUCAUGAAGAAUUAUUUAAUGAAGAAGGACAAGUGGAAGAACAACAAAACAAUGAUGAUUCAUAUUCUAUCUUUAUAAAUGAAAGUAAAGGUUCUAAAUCUAAAUUUAAGCCUUUGAAUUUAAAAAUUAAUAGAUACUACAACAUAAGAGAAUUGAUUUCAAUUCCUGAUAUAGAUUAUGAUAAAGUCGUGAUACCUAGAGAAAAUGUCGAAAAGAUUGAAAACUUAAGAAUGAGACAUUUCCCAACUGGGUAUGGUGCUGAAGAUUAUGAAGAAGCUAAGGAGAUAGAUGAAGAUGGUAAGGUAGUAAAGAAAGCUAAGCUUCAUAAAUCUGAUUCAUCCACUGCCUCUAUUCCUGAAACUCCAACAAAAGAGAAGAAAGAAAAGAAAGAAAAGAAGGAUAAAAAGGAAAAGAAGGAUAAAAAGGAAAAGAAAGAUAAAAAGGAAAAGAAGGAAAAGAAGGAAAAGUCUUAAUCUCAAAAGGAUUAAGUGUUUCAUAGUCUUUCUUUACUGAUAUCAUCUGUAUUAAAGUAUAGUAAUAUCAUUUGCAUGUAAAUCAUAAAG